AUGGUGACAUCAACUAUUGCUCGUCUACCGUCAUUGCCAGUGUCAGAACGUCCAGCUAGUGUACAAGCCGUGCAACGUGUCCUUACUGAUGUAGCCGAAUUAUUGGAGCAGAUGGAACUUGCUGUGCGAGAUCUAGCAGCUGGAAGUGCUGAACGGACCAAAUACGAGCUAAGGGUGAAGAGCUAUCGUAACGAUAAACGUCUUCUUGACAGCGAACUCGAGAAGGCUAUCAAGCGUUUGCGUGAGGCUGCAGACAGAGACGAACUACUUGCUUACGACGAGGCAGUGGAGAUGGAUCAACAGGAAGAGCAGCUGAUAGCGAAUACUGAACGAUUAGAGAGGUCGUCGAGAAAGAUUCAAAAUGCAUACCGCAUGGCUGUCGAAACUGAGCAGAUUGGAACGGAAGUGUUGGGAAAUUUGUCGCAGCAAAGGGAAACAAUAAGUCGGGCUCGAGAGAGAAUGCGUGAAGCUGAUGUGGAGCUAGGAAGGAGCAAUCGUCUGCUCAACACCAUGAUACGAAGGUACAAUUUUCUAGCAUAUUACACAGCUUGCUGCUGGAUGCCCAAGUGUAGAGCUUUGACUGUAAAAUCAACCGUUGAUGAGUGGCAGAUGUACAAUUAUCGAAAACCGCCUCCAGAAUUACCACAAACUGAGUUUGUUGUGAUACAGUAUCCUGGAGUUAUCAAAAACCUUGAUCGCGCUCUCGAGACCCUAGGUGGUUUACCGAAAAUAUCACAGAACCACUUUGCUAGUCAAGCGUUGGAAUUACGUCACACACCAGAGAAUCCUUAUACGAGUGCCUCCGUUUCAGAAAAGAAACUUGAUUCUGCAGUAAACGUUUUAUACACCUUUGACACUAUGUGCGACUUCCAAUAUCUGCCACUAAAACGGCGGCAGGAAGGUGAAGGAUUUGACGAUCUCAUUCCUCGUCUUAUUCCAAGAGAUCUUCCUAGCGCACUCUGCUGGUGGGACCGCCCUGACUCAUAUCCUGGCUACACACCUUUAUUUUUGCCGCCGUACCAGUUCAGUCGCUACAACACUCCGUCCACGAAAAUGCUAUGUCGCGAAUCAGACUUCACACUCGAAAAGAUCCGGAAAAAGACUGGACAUGGUCAAAAUUUACGACUCGAAAGAAAGGCCCUGUCAGUGACUGUGCAGGCCAACGAUCCAUUCCCUACCGCUCCGUCAGAGGAAGCUGUUCUCGAUGCCGAUUUUAGGUGUAAAAAUGAGGAGCCACACAGAAUGCUGGCAGCACUAUUUCGAGAGCGCCCUAUGUGGACUAGAAACGCUAUUGCUUACAAAACGGGUCUAGACGACAACUUACUCAAGACACUACUGCAGAAGUAUGCAUUCUACAUCCAGUCGGGCCCAUGGGGUAGACUUUGGUGCAGAUUUGGAUACGAUCCGCGUACUGACCCGGAGUCAAUGCUCUACCAAACUCUUAUGGUUUCCUUCAGGCAGCAUACAAGAAUACCUGAGAAGCAAAUCGGUGAUAGUGGUCCUCUUGACAGAAGCGGUUCCGACGUCUUCCAAGAGUGCGGACAGAUGUGGUACAGCCUUUGCGACAUUAAAUUGCCAUUCGCUGAGGCGUUACUCAAGCAAGACCACAGUAAAUCGUCAGAACCAGAAGCGUAUGGUUGGAUACAUGCAGAUUUGCUGGAAGAAUUACGUGAACUGAUCAAAGAGGACGUACGAAAAACAAGUGAAGACAUGGACGCUGAUGAGGAUUUGGAGCCUACUGACGAUUUCUAG